AUGCCCCACCUAACUAUAUUUGGUUACUUACAGGAACCAGUUCUGACUUCAAUUCAUAGCAUCAUAGCAACUUUUGGGUUCACCGCAUUUAUCCUGGGUAUCGUACAUUCUGCUUACUGCUGUAAAAUCAGCUGUUGUAACGGCAACAAACAUAAUUAUCAGCAACAAGUUGUUUCAAUGACAUCAGGUCAAGUCAACUUGGGCAUACCCUGGGGCAAUGCAUACCCUGGGGCAAUGCAGAAUGAAUAUCAAGUAAACCAACAAAUUCCUAUUGGUUUUCGGACGAUACAGGUUCCAAUAUACGCAGAGCCUCCAAAACCUAUCCAGCAAUACCAGCAACAACGUACAACGAUGGGCGAAACAUCUGACGAGCCGCCAUAUUACAUGAACAAUAAGAAGAACAGAAGCGGGUUGUGAGAUAAAAGAUUCUAUCAAGGAAAAAAAUAAUCACUGUAUAAAGUGCUCUGAUCAUAUAGUAGGGCGGGGGAAAAUGGGACCCCUUUUUAUUCUAUUUUUUUGUCCAAUUUGGUAGUGAACAAAGAACAUUCUAAGAAUUAAAAAACCGUGUCCACACGACUUCCAUAGACCGUUGUUAAUUGUUUAAAACACGAUCAGGAUAUUUGGAUAUUAUGUGAUAAAGGUGUCCCAUUUUACCCUACAGUACUAUAAUAUAUCUUUAUAUACCGUCAAUUGCCAAUGGUUUUGUAUUAUUAUAAGAUUUACUUAUUGUAAGUUUAUUGCAAAGUAAUAUUUAUAAAGUGAUCCUAUAUUGCUUGGAGUAUUAACCACAAACUAUUUAUUUUAAUUUGAAAUUAUAAUGUCUCAGUCAAAAAUCGUGUUAGUGUUUCCGAAUUUAUGGAUCGCAGUGAUAUUUCUUACUGUUAAGAUUGCGUAGUAUUCAUCGAAUGGCAACACUGGCGCUUUUUUCGUUUUACCAUGUUUUGUCAAAAUUCCCGAAAAUGUAGUAAUCCGAAAACGUC